GCAACAAGAGUGAAACUCUGUCUCAAAAAUAAAUAAUUAAUUAUUUAAAUAAAAGUGACUUCCCAAACUUCUCCAAACAUGUUCACCCCUGCAGUCUUGCACAUCUCAGCUGAGGGCAACCCUGUACUUCCUGGGGCUCAGCUGAACUUCUUAUCAUGUUUAAAAUAUGUAAGAUACUAUGUUGUAAGUGUGUUACUUUGUAAAAUGAAGAAACAAUUAUGCAUUUACUUAAAACAGGUGAGGAAAUACAUGGUUUUAUGAAUUCUUUUGAGGUAUGGGAGAAAGAAUGUUUGAAGACCUCUCCCUGUGUGAUCUGCCCCUCAGGACCUCUCUGAUGUCAUCUCCUUCCUGUGUCCUCCCAGCCCCCUCUGCUCCAGCCCCACAGGCCCCUUCCCUUUUCCUGGAGCCAAGGUUGCUCCUGCCUCAAGGCUUCCAUGUGGGCUGGCCCUCUGCCUGGAACUCUCUGGCCUCUCAGCUGCAAGUGACAAGCAGCCUUUCUUCCUGAGGUCUUUGUUCUGACAUCACUUCCUCCGUGGAAACCUUUGUGAUGUCCCACAGCCUCCUAUUUGACAUUGCAGCCCCACCUUCACCCCCACCUCUGGUCCAUGUUGCCUGUUCUGUGUGAUUCUUUUUGCUCCUUCAGUAUCCAGUCUGGAUCCUGGUGAGAACAGGUCCCCAACAGGAGAGCAGAGCCAGAAGGUGGGGCUGUGCUGGGCUCGCCCCCUCAGUGGAGCGCAACCCUGGCUUCAUAUGAGAGCGUCCAGGCGUUUCGCAGAAACAUCUCUUGUGCCCCCUUGACAUGUUUUCAUUUCAGUGUUUUAGAGCCCAGCUGAGUAAUAUUUCAAGUUGACUCUAUUCUGUAGCCAGCAUAGUACCAAUCCCUGUCCUUUGUUUCUGAAGGCUGAGCUCAGCCUGGGAUCCACAGAGAGGUGAGGGGGGCUGUGCUCUGCAUGGGCUUUGGUCAGGGCUGGGUCUGUGUCCUAAAGGGGAGCUCAGUCCAGCCCAGCUCCCCACGGCUGCAGCGUGUGUGUGGGCUUCCCCAGGAGAGCGGGUUCUGAAGACAGGGAUCAGAAACUCACUUCUUCCUGCAGGAGUCUCUCGUCCCCGUAUUCCCCCUGUGCAGUGGGGCGCAGAGGACCAUCUUUCCACGGGGUGAGAUCUUCUGUGUGUGUGAUUGUGGCACAUGAAGGGGAUGUAUAGAUUCUCAGCCCUAAGCAGCAUAGUUCGGAUAUUCAGUAUUGGCUUCUAAAGACUCUUUUAUGUUACCCAAGGAAGAAGUCUGGAAGAAGAGGAAGAGGAAAGAAAAGGAGUCAGGGAUGGCCCUUACUCAGGUACGGUUGACAUUUAGGGAUGUGGCCAUAGAAUUCUCUCAGGAGGAGUGGAAAUGCCUGGACCCUGCUCAGAGGAUUUUAUACAGGGACGUGAUGUUGGAGAACUACUGGAACCUUGUUUCUCUGGGACUGUGUCAUUUUGAUAUGAAUAUUAUCUCCAUGUUGGAGGAAGGGAAAGAGCCCUGGACUGUGAAGAGCUGUGUGAAGAUAGCAAGAAAACCAAGAAUGCGGGAAUGUGUCAAAAGUGUGGUCACAGAUAUCCCUCUUAAACGUACAAUCAAGGAUUUGCUACCAAAAGAGAAGAGCAGUACAGAAGCAGUAUUCCACACAGUGGUGUUGGAAAGGCACGAAAGCCCUGACAUUGAAGACUUUUCCUUCAAGGAACCCCAGAAAAAUAUGCAUGACUUUGAGUGUCAAUGGAGAGAUGACACAGGAAAUUACAAGGGAGUGCUUAUGACCCAGAAAGAAGGUAAAAGAGAUCAACGCGAUAGAAGAGAGAUAGAAAACAAGCUUAUGAACAAUCAGCUUGAAGGAAGCUUUCAUUCACAUCUGCCUGAACUGCAGCUAUUUCAAGGUGAGGGGAAAAUGUAUGAAUGUAAUCAAGUUGAGAAGUCUCCCGACAAUGGUUCCUCAGUGUCACCACUUCAGCAAAUUCCUUCUAGUGUCCAAACCCACAGGUCUAAAAAAUACCAUGAACUUAACCAUUUUUCAUUACUCACACAAAGACGAAAAGCAAACAGUUGUGGAAAACCUUACAAAUGUAAUGAAUGUGGCAAGGCGUUCACUCAGAAUUCAAACCUUACAAGUCAUAGGAGAAUUCAUAGCGGAGAGAAGCCUUACAAAUGCAGUGAGUGUGGCAAAACCUUUACUGUUCGUUCAAAUCUAACUAUUCAUCAGGUCAUCCAUACUGGAGAAAAACCUUACAAAUGUCAUGAGUGUGGCAAGGUCUUCAGGCACAAUUCAUACCUUGCAACUCAUCGGCGAAUUCAUACUGGAGAGAAACCUUACAAGUGUAAUGAGUGUGGAAAAGCCUUUAGAGGACAUUCAAACCUAACUACCCAUCAGUUAAUUCAUACUGGAGAAAAACCGUUUAAAUGUAAUGAAUGUGGCAAGCUCUUCACCCAAAAUUCACACCUUAUAAGUCAUUGGAGAAUUCACACUGGAGAGAAACCUUACAAGUGCAAUGAGUGUGGCAAAGCCUUUAGUGUUCGUUCAAGCCUAGCAAUCCAUCAGACAAUCCACACUGGAGAAAAACCCUACAAAUGUAAUGAAUGUGGCAAAGUCUUUAGGUACAAUUCAUACCUCGGAAGGCAUCGGAGAGUUCAUACUGGUGAGAAACCUUACAAGUGUAAUGAAUGUGGCAAAGCCUUUAGUAUGCAUUCAAACCUAGCUACCCAUCAGGUCAUCCAUACUGGAACAAAACCUUUCAAAUGCAAUGAAUGCAGCAAGGUUUUCACUCAAAAUUCACAACUUGCAAAUCAUCGAAGAAUUCAUACUGGAGAGAAACCUUACAAGUGUAAUGAGUGUGGGAAAGCCUUCAGUGUUCGUUCAAGUCUGACUACCCAUCAGGCAAUCCAUUCGGGAGAGAAACCUUACAAAUGUAUUGAAUGUGGCAAGAGCUUCACUCAAAAAUCACACCUUAGAAGUCAUCGGGGAAUUCAUUCUGGAGAGAAACCUUACAAGUGUAAUGAAUGUGGUAAAGUCUUCGCUCAAACGUCACAACUUGCAAGGCAUUGGAGAGUUCAUACUGGAGAAAAACCUUACAAGUGUAAUGACUGUGGCAGAGCCUUUAGUGAUCGUUCAAGCCUAACUUUUCAUCAGGCAAUACAUACUGGAGAGAAACCUUACAAAUGUCAUGAAUGCGGCAAGGUUUUUAGGCACAAUUCAUACCUUGCAACUCAUCGGCGAAUUCAUACUGGAGAGAAACCUUACAAGUGUAAUGAGUGUGGGAAAGCCUUUAGUAUGCAUUCAAACCUAACUACCCAUAAGGUCAUCCAUACUGGAGAGAAGCCUUACAAAUGUACUGAAUGUGGCAAGGUCUUCACGCAGAAUUCACACCUUGCAAAUCAUCAAAGGACUCACACCGGGGAGAAACCUUACCGAUGCAAUGAGUGUGGGAAAGCCUUCAGUGUUCGUUCAAGCCUAACCACCCAUCAGGCAAUCCAUACUGGGAAAAAACCUUACAAAUGUAAUGAAUGUGGCAAGGUUUUUACUCAAAAUGCGCACCUGGCAAAUCACCGAAGAAUUCAUACUGGGGAGAAACCUUACAGGUGUACAGAGUGUGGGAAAGCCUUUAGGGUAAGGUCAAGUCUAACUACCCAUAUGGCAAUCCACACUGGAGAAAAACGUUACAAAUGUAAUGAGUGUGGCAAGGUCUUCAGGCAGAGCUCAAAUCUUGCAAGUCAUCACAGAAUGCAUACUGGAGAGAAACCUUACAAAUGAGUGUGGUGAGGUCAUCAGGUACAAUUCAAUUCUUUCACAUCAGUUAAUUCAUUCUUGACAGAAUCCUUACAAAUGCAGUGACAGUGGCCAAUCCCUUAUGAGUUGAAGCCAAUACCUCAUGAGAGGCCAUAAGCAAGAGACAUCAUGUAAACAUAUGUGGCAGAGGGUUUAUCCAGGCCUUGCAGGUUACUAGGCAUCAAAAUUUAUAUCUUUGAUGAAACCAAACAAAUGUAAUAUGCAUCCUGAGGCCAUUACCCAGUGACUGACGGUAAGUGAGGAUUCCUAUGAGGAAUAACAGUCUCUGGUUUCCCUGUUUGCCUUUGAUAUUAUACACUGUAGAAUACUUACAAGUCCAAAUAUGCUAAAAAUUAUAUAUUUUUAACUCAUAUAUGAAAAGGUUGCAGGAUAUUUGUAGGCAGUCAGUUACCUUCACCUUAUGAAAUGUUUUAUUGAGUUAUUUAAGGUUUUUUGGAAAGCCUACCAUUGAGUUUCAAUGUGAACUUUGAAAUCUUAUUGUGCCUCCUCACACACCUUCCACGCUGGUUUCCUGGAAAGAUCAUUGGGAUGGAAGGAUCAUUGAUUGGGUGAAGAUCAUUGAUUAGGGUGAAGGAUUAUUUCUAUCCAAUUUGUGAAGGAGGACUUUGCUUUUAAAAUUAAGUAUUGUCUGAAUUAGCAUUUGGGAGUGGCGAAAAACAAUGUAAAACUGUGAUGUCACUCACCAUUCGGAUAAUGUUCAGGGUGCCUUUCUCCUACCAGGAGAGUACUGUGGCUUAGAGGAAAGAAAUGGUCUAUCAACUGAACAUGAAAUGGAGCAGGCCAAGACCCUAGGACAUUGGGAUUUUUGUGGGAGGAGAGUAAUAGGUAAUUAGAUACUGAUUGUGUGGUAGAAAUACUGCAGGGGAAAAGGUCGCCCCCUUAUCCAUUAAAGAGCAAUACCUGUUGUUUAGCAAAGAGCGAUGAAAAAUUGGUCUUGUUUUUGAAAUUGAAAAGCGAGGUCAGGCGUGGUGGCUCACACCUGCAAUCCCAGCACUUUGGGAGGCUGAGGCGGGUGGAUCACCUGAGGUCGAGAGUUCUAGACCAGCCUGACCAACAUGGAGAAACCCCAUCUGUACUAAAAAUACAAAAUUAGCCGAGCAUGGUGGCAGGUGCCUGUAAUCGCAGCUACUUGGGAGGCUGAGGCAGGAGAAUCGCUUGAACCCAGGAGGUGGAGGUUGCAGUGAGCCAAGAUCAUGCCAUUGCACUCUAGCCUGGGCAACAAGAACAAAACUCCAUCUAAAGAAGAAAAAGAAAGAAAUUGAAGAGAGAGUAGUUGUCAGAGUGAAGAGUUUAAUCAACAGAAGUAGAGUAACAUAUUCUUUAGUAGAACUCACAUUAUCUGCUUGAAGCACAUUUUGUUAAUGUUUUAUUCAGAAUGUAUCAUAGAUAAAAUGUUUUAACUAAUAAAAUAGAAUGGUUUUUCUCUAUGAAUGAAUCACAUUCUUUCUGCCAACAUAGUUUUAUCCUGUCUCAGGAGGAUACUUCAUAACAUAAUAGCAGUGCACCACUAGGCUCUUAAAGGAUCAAGAAUAAUUUUUUUCAUGGUGAAAUCAAAUAACACAGUUUUGGAAACCUAUAACUGCAUUUUGCGCUUGAAUUAUGUGCCCCACACUGUGGCUUAGGAUACUUAUUGGGGUAUAAUGAAAAUCUUACUGAAAGUUAAUUUCACAUUCUUACACCCCAAAAUCUGCAUUGCCAUUGAUGGAUAUGCACCACAUUAUUAUAUUUCCACAUCAGUUUCUUGUGUGCCAAAUAAGACCCAUGCUAUGCAUCUUGGUUUCCAUGAAGUGAAAAUACAUAGUAAGAAUAUGAGAAAUAUAAAUUAGGCCAGGCACGGUGGCUCACGCCUGUAAUCCCAGCACUUUGGGAGGCCAAGGCAAGUGGAUCACCUCAAGUCAGGAGAGACCAGCCUGGCCAGCAUAGUGAAACCCCAUCUUUACUAAAAGUACAAAAUUAUCUGGGCUUAGUGGUGCAUGCCUGUAGUCCCAGGUGCUUGGGAGGCUGAGGCAGGAGAAUUGCUUGAACCCAGGAGGCAGGGGUUGCAGUGAGCCGAGAUCAUUCCAUUACACUCCAGCCUGGGCACUAAGAAUGACACUCCGUCUCAAAAAAAAAAAAAAAUUAAAAGACGUCGGCCGGGCAUGGUGGCUCAUACCUGUAAUCCCAACAAUUUGGGAGGCUGAGGUGGGUGGAUUACUUAAGGUCAGGAGUUCAAGACCAGACUGGCCAACAUGGUGAAACCCCGUCUCUACUAAAAAUACAAGAACAUUAGCCGGGUAUGGUGGUGCAUGCCUGUAAAUCCCAGCUACUUGGGAGGCUGAGACAGGAGAAUGGCUUGAACCCAGGAGGCGGAGGCUGCAGUGAGCUGAGAUCGCGCCACCGCACUCCAGCCUGGGCAACAAGAGCAAAACUCUGUCUCAAAAAA